UAGAAAUAAUAAUAAAAAUCCACUUCCUUUUGUCUUGUUUAUACCGAAAACAAAAACAAAAAAUGGAGUAAAUCAAUAAUACUUCAUGUUCAACCACUUACUAAACCUUUGAAACGUGGAAGCUAAAACAUCCUCCUAGUACUCUGUGGGUCCUCAAGAGGGUUUCUGUCUCUUUUAACCCUGCUCGUAUGUUUCCAUUCUUCUUCUCUCAAUUCUUCAUAUAUGUUUUUUUUUCAUCAAUUGUUAGUAUUGUUCUUCCCUAAGUUAUCUCAACUUGGUAUCAUCACCAUAAAUGGCAGUAAUAAUGGCUUUGCAUGGCUGUUACGGUAACAAUAUAGAGUCGGUAAAUCAGCGAAGACCAUUCGAUAAUCUUGGUUUUACAAGCUCGAUUUCAGUUCACAAAUUGUUAAAGAAUAAAAGGUCAGCAUCUGAUAAGUCUAAAAAUGAUAAGUUUCAUAGAUUUGUUGUGAAAAUGCGGCAGACAGAAACGCCUCCGUCAAACUAUGGUACUAAUGGUAGAGCUGUUAAAAUGGUACCGGUAACUGAGAUAGCGAAAAGAAAGACAGUGUCAGAGAAUAAAGCGGAGACGGUGAAUGGCUCGAAGCAAGCGGUUAAUGGAGCAAGUUUGGUAAGAAGAGAUCCUACACCGGCAUUGACAAAGACAAAGAUAGCGAAACCGGAAACCUCCAAAGAACUUCCACCGUUAGAAGAGUUAAAGGUUUUGCCGUCGGACGAAGGCUUCAGUUGGGCCAAUGAAAACUACAGUUCCUGGCAGAGAUCUAUUGAUGUAUGGUCCUUUGUUCUUUCUUUACGUGUUCGUGUUCUUUUGGACAAUGCGAAAUGGGCGUAUGUGGGUGGCUUUACAGAAGAAAAGCAGAAAAGCAGAAGGCGGAAAACUGCUUCAUGGCUAAGGGAAUGUGUAUUACAGCUCGGUCCAACUUUCAUUAAACUUGGACAGUUAUCAUCAACAAGGUCUGAUUUAUUUCCCCGUGAAUUUGUGGAUGAACUCGCAAAAUUGCAGGACAAGGUCCCUGCUUUCUCCCCAAAGAAAGCAAGAGGCUUUAUCGAGAGCGAGUUAGGAGCUCCCAUUAAUGUAUUGUUUAAAGAGUUCGAAGACCAGCCAAUUGCUGCUGCAAGUCUUGGUCAGGUUCAUCGUGCAAUUCUGCACAAUGGAGAAAAAGUAGUUAUCAAAGUUCAAAGGCCUGGCUUGAAGAAGCUUUUUGACAUUGACUUGCAAAACUUGAAGCUGAUUGCGGAGUAUUUUCAGAGAAGUGAAACUCUAGGUGGUCCAACUAGAGAUUGGAUCGGUAUAUAUGAAGAAUGUGCAACAAUUUUGUAUCAAGAAAUUGAUUACAUAAAUGAAGGGAAGAAUGCUGAUAGGUUCCGUCGAGAUUUUCGAAACAUAAAGUGGGUCCGAGUACCUCUAGUUUAUUGGGAUUACACAGCUAUGAAGGUGUUGACCUUGGAGUAUGUACCAGGUGUUAAAAUAAAUCAAGUGGAUACAUUGAUGUCUCGUGGUUAUGAUCGAGAUAGGAUCUCAUCACGUGCUAUUGAGGCAUACUUGAUUCAGAUAUUGAAAACAGGAUUCUUUCAUGCUGAUCCACAUCCUGGAAAUCUUGCCAUUGAUGUUGAUGAAUCAAUUAUUUAUUACGACUUUGGCAUGAUGGGGGAGAUAAAAUCUUUCACCAGAGAGAGAUUGCUUGAACUUUUUUAUGCUGUUUAUGAAAAGGACGCCAAAAAGGUUAUGCAAUGCCUUAUUGAUCUUGGAGCACUCCAACCCACUGGGGACCUGUCAGCUGUUAGGAGAUCUGUACAGUUCUUCUUGGACAAUCUUCUAAACCAGACGCCAGAUCAACAGCAGACAUUGUCUGCAAUCGGAGAGGAUUUGUUUGCAAUAGCUCAAGACCAGCCAUUCCGGUUUCCAUCUACCUUCACCUUUGUUAUUAGAGCAUUUUCUACACUUGAAGGCAUAGGUUACACACUCAAUCCAGAUUUCUCCUUUGUGAAGAUUGCUGCACCUUAUGCACAGGAACUUCUAGAUAUAAGGCAAAGACGGCCAACCGGGCCACAAUUCGUCGAGCAGAUAACAAAGCAAGCAAAUGAUGUAAGAACAAAUUCCAUGUCAAUGCCAUACAGAGUUCAAAGAAUAGAGGAGUUUGUAAAACAAGUUGAGGCAGGGGAUCUGAAACUUCGAGUUCGAGUACUAGAGUCAGAAAGAGCUGCUCGGAAAGCAACGGUGUUACAAAUGGCUACUAUGUACACAGUAUUAGGAGGAACCCUGCUAAAUAUUGGUGUUAAUUUGAGUAGCCAAGGCAAUGAAACUUUUGCAAAUGGAUCAUUUGUUGGUGCAGGUAUUUUAUUCACUCUAUUCUUGAGGUCUAUGCAAAGGGUAAAUAAGCUUGACAAGUUUGAGAAAAUGUUAUGAUUCUUUCUCAACAAAAAUCCAAUUCCUUCAUGUAUAUGUUAAUAUUGUUCAUAACAUUCAUUUUUUCCCGCUUAUAUAUACGAAGCUAUACGAAUAAUAGUUUUACAGAAAAAAGAAAGAUCGGAGGGAGGGUGUUGAAAGUGUAAGAAACUAUUUCUUCUUGAUAAAGAAAAUGUCAUAGAUAUAGUAAGGAAAGAACAAAUUUGUAAUUUAACCAUGGAUACUAUAGUUAUAGGCUAAACAAUUUAUGUCUUCUCUUGUAAGUGAUUAAAUAUACCAAACAUUUCCAGCACUUGAACCUUGUAGUUCAGAUAAAUUCUUCAAGAGUUGAUAUGAACAUGUUUAAAUUAGUAGUA